AUGUCUGCUAGUUCUUCACAGCAAUCACAACCAUCCCUACAACCACUAUCCUCUCAACAACCACUCACUUCCCAACAAUCACGACGAAACAGUACCGACAGUCAUCAAACUUCUCUUUCCACAUCCACCUAUUUCGAUAUGGAAAAUGCCUUUGAAAAAACCAUCGCUUCAAAAUCCCUCUCUCCUUUUCUUUCCAUGAGUUUGAAUUCAAAAGACAGCAACAACAACAAGAUUCGUAAUUCAUGGAUCAGUAGUGUGAGUCAACUUUCUUCAAAUAUUCCUUUUACAAUUCCUCAUAUUGAAGUGUAUGUGGAAAAGUGUGAAAAUUUACCAGCCAUGUCGAGUAGUGGAUUUUGCGAUCCCUAUGUCGUUCUUUCUGUCAUUCCAUUGGGUGACAAUGAAUUACGCGAUUUUUCACAAAUUCCUUCCGAAGAGUCCUGUAAGAGUUCGAAAAUUAAAAAAACACUCAAUCCAGUGUGGAAUGGAAAGGAGAGAUUCUUUUUAGGAUUUCCAGGACUCGUGAAUAAUGCAAAUAAUUAUUUCAGCAAUUCAGUUUCUCAAUCAUUCAACUCAAAGAAACAAUCACAGACAAAGAAUACUUCAAUUUCAUUUAAUGAGAAUAAGAGUAAAUCGACGGAUAGUUUACUGUCAGCAACAACGACUAUGACAGCAGCAACAACUUCAUCGAAGAAUGCCACUCAUCACUCCUUAACUCAUUUCCAAAAUAAGAAUUAUUAUUUAUUAAUUCAAGUUUUUAGUUAUGAUCGUUUGAAAAAGGAUUCUUUUAUUGGAUCUGCCAGAAUUGGACCUCUUUCUAAAUUACCUUAUGGAGUCAUGUUAUCCAAGACAGUGUCACUCCAUGAGGCAGGAACAAGUGCUACUUGCAGUAUUAAAUUUAUUGCCAUAAUUUUGGAUUGA